CUCUUCUCUAAUUAUAUUCACUUCUAGACCUUUCUUCUCCUACUUAACUUGACAAACUUAAUGCAUUACACCACAAGUUUCUACUGAAUUUUUCUAACAAAUUUUCCCAUUUUUUCUAUGUGAUUUUCACUAUAUUUCAUUGUUAUUGACUGGAUUUUGGGAAAGAGUGAAUCAGAAAAAUGAUGAUAAAUUUUCAAGGUUUUUCAAAGCAGAAAUCUCCUCAGGUUCUAUUUGAAAAUGCAUUACCAGCGUCUGAUCCUGGCACACUGGAGCAAUUAAAAGAGUUGAGCUCCAGAAGGAGAGCCAUCGAAUCCAUCAAUCAGAAUAGCUUUGUGACUGAGGCCAUUGCUAGAGAAAUGUCUGGGGGAUUGACUUCUCGAUGUGAACAGAAUAUACAGAAGGUAGAACAAUAUUUGCCACUUUUGGGGAACUUGAUACAUCAUGUAAAUAUAGUUGGUGACAACCCGAAGAUGGCUCAAUGGAUUUCUGACCUAAAGAUUAGGUGGAGCAGCUCUCUCGCUCCAUCCUCCUUUUUCCAUCUUAGCGGUCCAAAACUUUAUCAAAUGGAUAGUUUGCAUUUUGAACUUGGUAUGACAACUUUCGUUCUUGGAGCAUUGCUUCGAGAUCAAGCUCUGGAAGUUCUGUCAACAGAUCUAGUGCAAUCUGCCACCGUUCUCAGAAAAGCUGCGGGAGUUUACCAACAUCUAGCUCAGGUUGUCCUUCCGUGUUUGCAGCCUGAGUUGGCACAAGAAAGGCCACCAGAAGCUCUAAUUAGUGUUUCUUCUGCAACCACCCUUGUUUGUUUAGCUGAGGCACAGGCUGUGACAGUGAAGAAGGCAGAGCAAAAAGGGAAUACUGGAGGACUUUUGGCGAAGCUGCACUAUGGUGUUUGUGAAUUUCUUAAUGAAGCUAUUCAUACCUUGAAUUCAGCCACCAAGCAGUGCAAAGACAUUUCAUCUUUAACGGACUAUAUUACGACCUGUAAAAUGCUGCAUGAAUUACUUAGUUACAAGUAUCUCGCUGAGAGUCUAAAGACCGAUGGGAAAAUAGGCUUUGCUAUCGGAGUUCUUUAUCAUGUGAUACAAAGUUCAGAAAAACAUACACCAAGAGAAGAGUCAUGGAGACUAGUUUAUAAGCAAGUGAUUGAUGACUUGACUGUGCUGCUCCGGAAGUAUGAACACGAGAAUGAGUUUGUCUGGCACGAGAAAAUUCCGAUGCAGGAUGAGUUGCCGGUACCUCAAGGUGUCAAGAUUGUUAGUUCCAUAGUUUAUCAACCACAAAGGUGGGAAAGAACACUUGUUUUCAAAAUGUAACAGUAAAUGUUCUUUUGUUGAGAGGACUUCAAAGUCCAUCUGAGUGUUUUGAAAGGUGAGAUAUUAUUCUUAAAGCAUUUUUCUCUAGUGUAAAUUCCCAAUUUUUUGUGCAUUUCUGGCACCACUUAUAUAGCUCAGAACGAAAAUUUUUACUGUGGAUGAGGUACAACUUGUACUAGUUAUGUGAGGAUAUUUUUUAUUGCAAUUAUAUUCCGAUCUAUGAGACUCA